AUGGCAUCGGUGUUUUUGUAUCAUGUGGUGGGGGAUCUGACGGUGGGGAAGCCGGAGCUGGUUGAGUUCACCGAGAAUGAGACGCUCGAGGCUGCGAUUAAGGCAAUCGGAGAGUCAACAGAGUGCGGGAUAGCAAUUUGGAAGAGGAGGUCGGUGCAGAAGGGUUUAAUUGAGAACGCAGAGAUGAGGCAUCAGAGAUUUGUGGGUAUCUUAAAUCCGCUCGAUAUCGUUGCUUUCUUGGCAAGAGAUGAUUGUUUGAAUGAUCAAGAGAAAGCUCUGAAGACGCCUGUUUCUGAGGUGGUUGUUCCUGAUAAUACUUUGAUGAAGGAAGUUGAUCCUGGCACAAGAUUAAUAGACGCAUUGGAGAUAAUGAAGCAAGGUGUGCGGCGACUUCUGGUUCCAAAAUCCAUAGGAUGGCGAGGGAUGAGCAAACGCUUCUCAAUUCUCUACAACGGAAAAUGGCUCAAAAACAUCGACAGCAAUCCCAACAUCACCAUCCCCAAUAUCAACAACCGCCCUUCAUCUUCAACCCCCACACCCACCGCCCUCAGCCGCGACAAAUACUGCUGCCUUUCACGAGAAGACGUCAUCCGCUUCCUAAUUGGUUGUCUCGGAGCCCUAGCCCCUCUCCCUCUCUCAUCAAUUUCAUCUCUCGGCGCAAUAAACCCUAAUUACUGCUCAAUCGACGCAUCAUCUCCCGCAAUCGAAGCAUCCCGUCAGAUCCCUCGCGAACCAAGCGCGUUUGCGGUUGUGGACCGCACUCCCGACGGCCAACACACGAUUCUCGGAGAGAUUUCCGCUUCCAAACUAUGGAAAUGCGAUUAUUUAGCCGCCGCGUGGGCCCUUGCUAAUCUUUCCGCAGGCCAGUUUGUUAUGGGCGUCGAAGAUAAUUUGUCUUCAAGGUCGCUUCCUGAUAUCGUCCUGGCGGGAACAAAUGGCGGGAGUUUACUGAAUGGAGGCGGAGCGCGGCCGCUGAGACAGAGGACGUUUAGUAGCAGGAGUGUUGGGUUUUUUAACAGCAACCCUUCGAGUCACAGUUUUGGGGCUAAUCGGAGUAUGUAUAGAGGUCGGAGUGUGCCUUUGACAUGUAAAGCUACGAGCUCGUUGGCGGCAGUUAUGGCGCAGAUGUUGUCUCAUCGGGCGACUCAUGUUUGGGUGACGGAUGCUGAGAAUGAGGAAGUCCUGGUUGGGUUGGUUGGAUAUGCCGACAUCUUAGCUGUUGUGACUCGACCCCGCGGUGCCCCUAUUACAGAGGGUCAAUCCACUUAGAAACAAUAAGGUACUUAAUUUAAUGGAGAAUGUUUGGUUUUGGUUUGAUUGCAUUUGUGUAUGUACAUGUUAAUGUUGAUACAUGAACCCCAUGAAUUUGGAUUUUAUUUUUUGUCAUAUUUAAUGGUUUUGAUCCCUUCAAAUUCUUUGUGAUGUUGAUUUUUAUUUCGUAAGUUUUUUUAAUUAGUUUUGAUCAUAUAGGUCGAUUAUAACCAGUCCUCCCAAGAAAAGUAUGUGUGAUCAUGGACUCUGUUUGUCAGGGAAAAUAAUACGAUGUGGGGAUACUUAUAUAUGAUUGUUCUUUUUUUUUUUUUUUCCUUUUCAAAUGAUGUAAUGGG